AUGUCGUCCUCACACGAGGUACCUUCGCCUUCAAGCUCCCAGGACGAAGUCAAUUCAAACUCCCUUGGUGGCGAGCAGAAUCAACAAGCCGGUUUGUUAAGUCUGCUGAGAUCAGGAGAAAAAACGAGAGCUUCGGCGUUAAAACAAGAAGCACAAAAAGGAAUCAAAAGAAUAAUUUCUAUUCUAGGAACGAGACGGACAAGUGGGGCUUGGCUGUGGUUUAAAGAUCAUUCAACCAACCCAUCUAAAGCGGUCUGCACUGUUUGUAAUGGUGAGAUAGCUUGUGGCAUUGGAAAAAGCCGUAGCACUUCAUCUCUAAAAAAACAUUUAGAGGCCAAGCAUCCUACUCACUAUCAGCAGGCGUAUUCAAAUGAUCCUGAUGCGGUCGCCGUUUCAAGUGACGACGACAAUUACGGCUCCACGACUCCAAAGAAAAUGCGACUAACCCAGCCAACCCUAAUCGAGAGUCUUGAAUCUAAAAAGAAAUGGAAAAUCGAUGAUUUAGGGGCACAGAGUCUACAUUACACAUUAGGAGAGAUGAUAGCCGUUUAUGUCCUACCGUACAGCUUUGUAGAGAAAAUUGGAUUCAGGAGAUUAUUAGCGGCUAUGAAACCGCAAUAUCCGGUCCCAGGGCGAACUUACAUGACGGAUACAAUUAUUCCCAAAAUUUAUGAAAGGACACGGAAAAAAAUUUGGAGUCAAGUACAGGACGCUACCUGGAUUUCGUUCACCAGUGACAUUUGGACAAGCGAGCAUAAUAACUUUGGAUUUAUAAGUUUCACUGGGCAUUUGAUUGACGAGAUAUUUAAACAUCGCCAUGCUGUUCUUCAAUGUAAACAUUUUUCCGGUGAGCACAGCGGUCAGAAGAUUUCUGAAGUGAUACUUGAUAUGCUAAAAAGUUGGGAUAUUCCUACAAACAAAGUUCACACGUUAGUCCGUGACAAUGGUGCCAAUAUAGUCAAAGGUUUAAAUGAUGCUAAUCUGAGCAACAUCGGAUGCUUCGCCCACACAAUUCAGCUAGCAUUCCAUGAUUCAGUCAAAGCAGUGAGCGUCAAAAAUUUAAUUGCGAAAUCUCGGAAAAUAGUCGCAAAGUUUACUCAGUCCCAGAAGAACUCAACCCUUCUCCUUAAAAAGCAGAAAGAUAUGGGCCUGACACCAAAGAAACUGAUCCAAGAUGUCGCGACAAGGUGGAACAGCACGUUCUAUAUGCUUGAAAGGCUUCAGGAUCUAAAGGCAAUCAUAGCAAGUUUAUCAACUGAAAUUGAUUUUGACAAUUUGACCACAAAUGAGUGGACACUUCUACCAGGCGUGAUCGCUAUUCUGAAGCCCUUGGAAGAAAUUACGAAGCUUGUCAGCUUUAACUCUAGUAUCGUAUCUGAAGUGAUACCAAAUGUGGAAGCCCUCUUACGAUACUUCAAAAAAACUGAAGGUCUAGAUGCCGGAUUGAAGACUUUGAAAAAAGAGUUUCUAAAGAAUGUUGAAAAACGAUUCGAGAAACUACCCGAUGUGGAUGAAUAUGCAUUUGCAACUUGUCUAGACCCGCGGUAUAAACAAAUGUUCUUCUCUGACAACACUCGAGACCUGGUGAAGGCUAGAUUACAGAAUUUUAUCCUACAAGAAGAGAUGGGCAUCCCUGACCCUGCCUCUCCCCUCGAACCUCAACGGCUUGUUUACAUCUGA